CACGUCAGUCAGUAGUCACACACACCACUGCACCAUCUGAUGAUUCUCAUGUUUUGAUUUUGAUGUUAUUGCAAAACGCAAAACAAAUCACAUUAAUUUAUUGAAUUAUAUUGAUUAACAAAAUAAAAAUAUUGAUGUCGAUUAUUCAAGAACACUUUUAUUGAAUGGGAUGGGUCCACGUAAAAGCAAGUCUAGGUCUCCAUCCCACAGAAGCAAAUCCAGGAAGCCAGACAACUUGAAGCACAGAAGCAGGUCCAGAUCACCAGUGCAAAAGGCCCAUCAUGAAAUACGACACAGUCGGGGUAGAAGCGAAGCAAAAUCUGACCACACUUCGAAAUAUGGCGAUAACAGGUACGGCAGCUCCAGACCAAGGGAGUCCAGUAAGAGAUACAAUGAAGAUGAUUUCAUGGAGUCUCGAAGGAAACAACGAGAAGUUAUUGGCAUGAGAGACAACUCUAAUGUCUGGUCAAAAUCACCCGAACGCCCCGACUCGAAUUCUGAAGAAGAAAUCAUUAAAAAUACUGAGAGUGCUACAGUGAAGAAGAGUAAGAAGAAGCGACAAAAACACAAAAAGGAUAAGAAAGCUAAGAAAGAGAAGAAACACAAAAAGGAAAAGAAAAAGAAGAAGCACAAGAAGAAGGAUUCAAGUAGUGAAGACACCAGUGGUUCUGAGGAAGAAAAAUGGGUUGAGAAACCCAGUCUUGGCAGUAAACAGGAUCAUAAUUCUGAUAAUGAAGAUUCCAUUGGACCUUCUCAAAAGGCUCACACAACUCUUACCCAUAAAGAAAUGGGCAAAGCUCUGUUGCCAGGAGAAGGUGCUGCUAUGGCAGCUUUUGUGGCUGAAGGCAAGAGGAUACCAAGAAGAGGAGAAAUUGGUCUAACAUCUGAUGAAAUUGCCACAUAUGAGUCUGUAGGCUAUGUCAUGUCUGGUUCAAGGCAUAGGAGGAUGGAGGCUGUACGUAUCCGUAAAGAAAACCAGAUUUAUUCUGCUGAUGAAAAGAGAGCUUUAGCUAUGUUCAGUAAGGAGGAGAGACAGAAGAGGGAGAAUUUGAUACUUGGACAAUUUAAAGAUAUGAUCAGUUCUAAACUGGCUGAAAAAAAUCAGUAGUAGAGUUUUGAAAAUGUGAUAACUAGUGGAUAUGUUCUAGGUAGUUUUUGCUUCAAGAAAUAAUUUAAUAAAUUUUCAAUUUAGAAUCACUUGAAUUCAGGAAUACCUAUACUUGAUGUUUCAAUUGUGCAUGUCAUCAUUUAUUUUAUCUGAUUAUGUACCUGUUAUAGUUUUUAGAAUGUUGGUUAAUGACAUUAAACAGAUAAGGAUUG